UUCUGCCUGAGCCUCCUAUCCUCCUAAAACCAUGGUUGUCUCAGAGGUGUUGAGUGCAUCCCAUUCAAGGACAUCCAACACGACAUUUAUAGUCUAUGAAAACUCCCAUGUGAAUAUUACAACAACCCCACCAUUUCAGCAUCCAAGUCCUGGUCCGUUGCUUAGAUACAGUCUGGAAACCAUGACUAGCACUGGAUUUAGUUCCUUAGCAGUGAACAGCACAGCCACGACCCCAACACCAGCAGUUUUUAAGAGCCUAAAUUUAGCCCUCCAGAUCAUUCUUUCAGCUAUAAUGAUAUUUAUUCUGUUUGUGUCUUUUCUUGGAAACUUGGUUGUCUGUCUCAUGGUUUACCAAAAAGCUGCUAUGCGUUCUGCGAUCAACAUCCUUCUCGCCAGCCUGGCUUUUGCAGACAUGCUGCUUGCUGUGCUGAACAUGCCCUUUGCCCUGGUAACUAUUCUUACCACCAGAUGGAUAUUUGGGAAAUUCUUCUGCAGGUUGUCUGCUAUGUUCUUCUGGUUGUUUGUGAUAGAGGGUGUCGCUAUCCUGCUCAUCAUUAGCAUUGAUAGGUUCCUGAUUAUAGUUCAGAGGCAAGAUAAGCUAAAUCCGUACAGGGCUAAGGUCCUUAUUGCAGUCUCCUGGGCAACUGCUUUUUCCGUAGCUUUUCCUUUGGCUGUGGGAAAUCCUGAUUUGCAGAUCCCUUCCCGAGCCCCACAGUGUGUGUUUGGGUACACAACUAAUUCUGGAUACCAGGCUUAUGUGAUUUUGAUUUCACUCAUUUCUUUCUUUAUACCUUUCCUGGUGAUACUGUAUUCAUUUAUGGGCAUCCUCAACACCCUUCGGCACAAUGCCUUGAGGAUUCACAGCUACCCAGAAGGAAUAUGCCUCAGCCAGGCCAGCAAACUGGGUCUCAUGAGUCUUCAGAGACCCUUCCAAAUGAGCAUUGACAUGGGCUUUAAAACACGUGCCUUCACCACCAUCUUGAUCCUCUUUGCUGUCUUCAUCGUCUGCUGGGCCCCAUUCACCACGUACAGCCUUGUGGCAACAUUCAGCAAGCACUUUUACUAUCAGCACAACUUCUUUGAGAUUAGCACCUGGCUACUCUGGCUCUGCUACCUCAAGUCUGCAUUGAAUCCACUGAUAUACUACUGGAGGAUUAAGAAGUUUCAUGAUGCCUGCUUAGACAUGAUGCCCAAGUCCUUCAAGUUCUUGCCACGUCUCGCUGGUCACACAAGGCGACGGAUACGCCCUAGUGCUGUCUAUGUGUGUGCGGAGCAUCGGACGGUUUUGUGAAUAUUAGAACUCUAAGAUAUUUGGAGACAUUAUGGUUCUUUAUUGACUGAUAAUUUUUUAUAUGGCUUCUAAACAUUUAUUGGUUUCUAUCUUUUGUGUGUGUGUGUGUGUGUGUGUGUGUGUGUGUGUGUGUGUUGAUGAAAGAGUGUUGAGUACUUUGAUCCUGAAACUAAGGAUACACUGUAAGGGUCACAUAUGUUACCUCUAGUUUAAGAAAACUUUCACGGGGAGGUGUUUGUUUAGUUGAGUGGUUUUAUUUUUUAGCAUGAAUCAGGAUUGUGCUUCAUGGCACCUGCAGUUAACUUGAAUUGUAGGUGUUUUUUAUGCUGCUGAGGCAAGCUUGGUUGAGUUAAUCUGUUCCUUUUCCUUUCCUACAAGACACUGCUGCUCUUUGUCAUCAUAUUGGAAUCAAAUCCCCAUGCAUCUCAGUUGGUAGAUACUUACUUUUAUUUAAAAAACAAAACCCAUGGAGGUUGGUGACAUUUUAAAGGUUAUUACAAUUUACUUUGGUGCACUUUAAAAGACAAUGUACAGAUUAAUUCAACUGUGUUCUUAGAAUUGUUUUUAUAUAUGACAUAUUGUGCUUUGGAAGACAUGUGCUAAUAAUUUCUAGGUAGUUUUUAUUAAAAAUAUUUUAGCUGCAUGUACAAUUUUCAAAGGAAUAUAAACACAUAGGGAUUUUUUCCAAGCAUAAUAGUGAGUUUUCAGAGUGCUAGGGAACCAUUGAGGAGGCACAGUGCUAUGGCGAAUUUCAGGGAGGAGCAGAAUGAGAGGUUGGCUGGUCUAGCUUGUGGCCAUCUUGCUGACUGAAACAUUCUCACCAAGUUUAGAGAGAAGGGGCAACCACUGUAGGGUGGUACUGUGUGCCAGGUGGUGGGCAGUGCUCUGUCCUCAUGGAUUUCUGUGAGUAGGUAUUAUUUGUUUCCUUUUUAAGAGUAAAGAAAUCCAAGUUUCAGAGGGACAAAAAUCCUGCCCAGAGGUUUUGAUAUAGCUGCGGGGCUCCAAACAUCUGAGAUGCAGAUGCUGUUGUUCCAUUGUGCCACACAGACUCCUCAUUCAGUUCGAACCUGUCAGUCAAGGGGGGCAACACAUAUUCUUUUUAUUCCCCCCUCUCUUUUUCUCUCUCUCCUUUCUUCUUCUCUCCUUUCCUCUUCUCUUUUUUGAGACAGGGUUGCAUGGAGCAGGCCUUGAAGUUGCUAUGUUUCUGAGAAUGUCUUGGAGUUUCUGAAGGGAACAAAUGACUUAGACCCACCCUUUCAAGUGGGUGGGCCUGAAGAUAAAUAUAAUUAUGAAAAUUGGAUCAGUUUUCAAUCUAUAAAACAAAUGACUGACAGUUAAUGAAUGUCCAGCCCAGCUGGCAUGGAUCUUGCCCUGGCUGCUUGGCUUCCACCCAUCUAGUUGUGCUCUAAUGUGAUCAGGAGUGAGACCUUUUGCUUCUCAGCUCUGGCCUUCGCAGAACUGAAGUUUAAGAACUGCAGAGGUGUGCCUCCUCAAGAGAGGGGAGAUAAACCCUGGUCUGAGCUGAGAUUAACUUUCAUAGGUCAGGCUUUGGAGUUUCCAUUCUUUUUCUUAAGUUGUCUACCUGUUCUGGUCCAUUCAGAACCUUGGUCAGCUUUGGUCUGUUAUCAGUGGUAGACCUUAUAAAAUAGCCAGCAGGGGUGAAGCUACAGUCUCAAGUGCAAAGAGCUGAAAGAGUGGCCUUUGACUGUACUCUGGUCUAAGGCAGAGGUCAAAAGUGCCCUGUAACCGGGAUGGGUAGCAUCUUUCCUGAACUUUAGUGCUUUGUGAGCCAUUCGGAAAAACAAGUCUGUGCUUCUUCCAUGAGAAAAACCCAAAUUGGAUUACAGGAAUUGCUGAGGUCUUACUCAACCCUGAGAGUUUUUUGUUUUGCUUUGUUUUCCAUACACGAGUAUAGUUGGAAGAGCCCAGCCUACUUCACUAUUAUCCAGUCUCCAGUAUCACUUUACAUUUGCUUUAUUAGCUCGUGUUAAAAUGGUGUCUGAAGGGCUCUGGCAUGGUCAUCAGGAAUUGUGAUGUUGUAAAUUUGUUGACAGCACCAAGAGGCAAUUGCAAUCAUGUUGGAAAUCACUUGACUGUUUAAUCUGCUGUAGGGACUAGUGUACACUAUUUACAACAUUAUGUUGAGAUCAUUGCUUAUGAUAGCUACCUACCUCUUUAAUUUCUAGUUUAUGUUUAUGACAGGUAAAUAUGUUUUUGUCCAUUGGGAUCACACAGGACUUAAACACUGUAGUAGAUACUAGCAGCACAUUGAAAUGCAUUUUGCUUUCCAUUGUCAAUAUAAACUGGAUCGGAAGUAGACAUUAACACAGAUGCUGAAAAUCUAACUUUCAAUUAAGAUAGCACUGUGUAUUGAUGCAUACUGGUAACUUUUGAGACUUCCUUUAUGACUGUAGUUGAACUGACUUUCACAUUCUGUCUUCUGGUUCACAUGCAGUUGAAGGUACUCUUUUCUGGUUAGAGGCAGCUACACUUGGCGGGUACACUGGAGAGACUGCUGAGCCAAUAUUCGAAGCCAUGGGGAAGGAGACUUUGAACAGCAGCUCUCUUUUCACUGGCUAAUCUGUUCAGAUGGCAUUUUACAGAUCACUUUAAAUAUUAUAAUUAUAUGUAGCUUUUGCAAGCUUCAGGAAAAAUAUAUUAUGGUGUACCAUCAAGGAAUGUAGGCACAAAAUUGCAUGUUUUCUUGAUUGGGAAAUAUUGAUCACUGCUGACUGACAUAAUCAGAAAUUAUUUAUUUUUUCCUCCUAGCUAAUACGAUGUAUGAAAGAGAUAAGGAAAUAUUUGUUGUCAGAAAAAAACAGUAAAGAGAAAUUUUAAAUAGUUGACAGUAGUGAUAUUUAAACUUUAGUAAGCAUUUGAACAUCCCCAGGGAAGGUCAAUACAAAUUCCCAGGCCAUUGGGUCAAUGGUUGGGCACAAAAAUGUUUAUUUUUAUUAUAUUGAGUGUUUUGCCUGAUUCUGUUUCAGAUGGUGACAGGGGCACAGUUCCAAGAAACACUCCUGUAGAAAAUAAGUACAUCAUUUAAAAACUAUCUGUUUUAUCUUAAAGCAGUUGUGCGUUGGAAACCAAUGGUGAUCCACAGUGAAAUUAAAUCUACAUGGUUUGUGACUGUCUGGUGGCCACAUGUGUUGGUGUAGAUUUGGCCAGCAGCAGCUUUACUUUCUUUUCACUAGCAAAAUCUGAUGAACCAUGUGGUUUCACAGUAGGGGUCAAAUCAUGACUCACUAAUUGUAAGUUAUGACUUCCAGAAGGCUAAUUAGCCUAGUAUUUCUUUCCUGCAGAUGUCUCUAUAGGGCAUCUCUUCAUUACGUGUAAUUUCCUGAAGAGAGUGAGGGGAAUGUAAAGACUUUUCUAAUUUCUAGUUCUCUACUUAGACCAGUUGUUCAAUUGAAGCAUGAAGUAAAAUAAAAUAGCCUUUUUAAUCUUCAUACUUUUGUUGGAGACAAAGAUAUUUAAUUUCUCUGAUCUUAUUUUGUUUACAUGAAAAUAUGUAUAUAUAUAUCACAAAUAUUUUCACAUGCUUGCUAUUUUAUCCUGUCAUGAUUUAUAUCUGAGUUUAAAGUACAACUAGAUUCAAAUUUAUUUCCAUAACCAUGAUUUUGAUGAACUGCCUCCAUUAAACAACUCAAUUUUUAUAAUAAUAAAAAUAUCAAAGCACAUGUUUGUUAUUGCAAGUAAAUGUUAAUACAGUUCUUAGCUAUCUAUAGGUACUUGUCAUUUGUAAUGAAAAUUUAUUUAUUUUAAAGUGGUACCCAGGUUUUAAUGAAUGAAAGACUUUUAAUUUGGGGUUGUAACAUUUAAAUCUCAAAAGUAUGUUUACUAUUUACUGUUCUUAUUACAACCAAGAAAAGAGCUACCAAUAAGAAAAUGAAUAAAUGUUUAAUAUUUCUAAAGUGGAGUUUUUGUUUUUUUUUAUUUUAAAACUUCAUUUCAUCCUAGAAAAACUUGGCUACGAAUAAUGGAAAACUGUCCCAUUCUGUUCAAAUUCUCUUCCAUUUGCAUUCUUGACUUUAAGUUAGCUGCCCAGUCUGUUUGUGCAACUGUAUUCUCAUUUUAGAAGUUCUCAGUGUAGUUCUGGCCUGAGUGAAACCUGACAGAAGAUGACGAGUAUUAGGAAACAGUGAGGAGAUUCUGUCCUGGAGACUUACGAAAAUGUACUGCUAAGUCAUUUGAAAUGAUGAACAUUUGUGAAGU